AUGUGGCUGCCCGCAGCUCUGCUCCUGCUCAGCCUCCCAGGCUGUUUCUCCAUCCAAGGCCCCAAGGUGACGAGAGGCCCGGAGGGGGGCUCGCUGACCGUGGAGUGUCGCUAUACGCCAGGGUGGGAGACCAACAAGAAGUGGUGGUGCCGGGGAGCGAACUGGCAUGAUUGCCGGGUCCUCAUUCAGACCACGCCAGGGCAGCACACGGUGCAGGGACCCCGGCUGUCCAUCAGCGACAACCGGAGGGACCGCGUGAUCUCGGUGACCAUGUGGGACCUCCGGCCCGACGACCAGGACACCUACUGGUGCGGGAUCAAGAGGUUUGGCACGGACCGCGGGGCACCCAUUCGAGUGAUCGUUGUUGGCUCAGAAAAUCUAUCAUCCUGGACGACCGCCAACAGCACAGGGGUGUCCUCUGGCUCCCGCAUCCGGAACUACUACCUGCUGCUGGUGUUCGUGAAGGUGCCCCUCUUACUGGGCGUGGUCGGCGCCAUCCUCUGGCUGAAGGGGCCCCCGAGGGUCCCCGAGGAGCAACGGGAGCUGCCCGUCCAAACCAACCUGUCCUACGACCUGGCCGGAGACACCGUGCCUUAG